GGUAAGAGAAAAAGAGAGGUGGUGGAAGUGAGUGAGUGAGAGAUAGGCAGGGAGGUAUAAAGAGAGGGAGGGAGUAAUAUAAGAGAGGCGGCCAUAGAGGGAGAGGUGACAGAGUAGAUUAUCCUUCUCUCCUCUCCUCCUCUCUGCCAGCUUCAUCAUGUUCAUGCUGCAGAUAUUGACUGUUAUUUCUCUGACUGUUGUUCUCCUGGCAUCUGUGGAAGGUAAAGGAGUGCAGAUGCAAAGGGAUGUCCAGUGCUGCAUGUUGUACUCCCAGGGCAAGGUGCGUACCAAAGAUGUGAUGCGGUUUGAGGUGCAGACGGAGGGGCCCGACUGCAGUAUACAAGCCAUCAUUCUUUACACGAAGAAGGCGGUGAAAUGUGCAGACCCCAGAGACCGGAAGGUGAAGAGGUUGCUGAGGAAGCUCUUGCAGAGAGAGACAACCAAGAUCCACGGAACCAUGUGGCACCUUCCUCAUGAGAACCUGCCCGUCAUGUCAGAGGACAAGAAAGAUGACUGGGUGGGUCUCAGUGUGGAGUGAUGGAGCGCCGUCAAAUAUGGAGGAAAACUCGUAGUCAUAAGCCAAGUAAACUUUCAGCAGCUCGUUAUCUUUACACAGCGAAGCUUGCUGACUCUCCAGUCGUCUCGUGUCUCUCUCUAUCUACACUGUCUGUCUCCCUGGGACCAGACCUGGGCAGCAAUACAUAUUUAAAUGGCUUUAGAUAUUUAAACAUGAACUGUGCUUGAAAUAUUCCCAAGCACGUGACUGGAACAGUCUCAACAGAGGAGUAUUUACUUGUAAGAUAAGUUGAAUUGAUUUGUUUUUUUUAAUGGCUCAUACUGUUAUUUGCCAGAGUCUGCCUGGAAGUGUCUCCCUCUACAACAACAUUACUACACGUGACUGAUGUGAAAUCAGUGAAAAAGGUGUGAUUAAACAAACGAUAAACGAGCAGUGAUAUUACUGUAAUAUUGUAUAUCAGCAAGAUACUCUUUGCUUAUUUGUGACUUGUAUACCUUCAGUGAUGUGUAAUGACACUGCACAGAGUGAUAUAUUUGACUGUUAGACAGGUGACCUCAGAGAAGAUUUCACCUGGAUACAACUUCCUGUGUCACAUCAAGAGCAAAUGUUUCUGUUUGUCCACUCUGUAUAUUGACUGUUUGUAAACUCAGUAUGAAACCCGAGUCAAUCUUUUAAAAUGAGGCCCCCAGGCCCUCUACCAGAGAUUUAAAUAUCUACGCAUUUGCAGUUUACCUUUGUCUUUUUAAUCCGUCAUUAAACUAUGCCAAAGUAUUCAUGAUUCAAUUCACCACAUGGCAAGGCUGUUAAAACUUAGAGGGCUCAAUUGUGUGUGUGAAACACACAAGUAUUGUAUUGUAGAAGAAUGCACUGUAUGUUAAAACAUAGUAUCUCAAGUGAACUAUUUUAUAAAUUAAUCUGAAAUAAUAA